AUGAAGUAUAUCACUUCUGAGCAGAGCCUGGAUAUCCCUGAGGGCGUCACCGUCGAGAUCAAGGCCCGUAACAUUACUGUUACCGGUCCCCGUGGUACCUUGAAGAAGAAUCUCCAGCACGUUGAUGUCACCUUCAAGAAGGUCAACGACAAGCUCAUCAAGCUUUACAUCCUCCACGGCUCCCGCAAGCAGGUCGCUGCUUUGCGUACCGUCAAGUCCCUUGUCCAUAACAUGAUCAUCGGUGUCACCAAGGGCUUCAAGUACAAGAUGCGUUACGUCUACGCCCAUUUCCCCAUCAACGUUAACAUCGAGAACAACGGUGCCAAGGUUGAGAUCCGUAACUACCUCGGUGAGAAGCAGGUCCGUAUCGUCAACGCUCUUGAGGGUGUCAAGGUCGAGAUCUCGAAGGCCCAGAAGGAUGAGCUGAUUCUUACCGGUAACUCUGUCGAGAACGUCUCUCAGACCGCCGCCGACAUCCAGCAGAUCUGCAAGGCCCGCAACAAGGAUAUCCGUAAAUUUUUGGAUGGUAUCUACGUUUCUGAGAAGGGUGUCAUUGACGCUGAGGCGUAA